CAAGGCAUUUGCUAUAAGCAAAAUGAAGUGCUUCUGUUUGCUAAUAUUAUUUGUUGCUCCGGCUGCCUGGGCUCGUGUCGCCUUCGAGUCCCUUCCUGACCUGGAGCUGCCUCCAGUGAUUGAUGAGAUUUACGAUGUAGAUCCCGUGGCUGAAAACCGUGCAGCCGCCUGCAAGGUGACCAUUCGAGGUGGCAUGCCCAAGCCAGAGCCCGUUGUAUUGGUAACCAACUCGGAGAGCUUUUAUCCCUUCAAUGAUGUCGGCGUCAUGGAGGUGGAGAGUGGCAAGACCCUGCAGCUGUGGUGUCCCAGUGGCUUUACCACACACUCCCAGAACCUGUUGACAGCCACCUGCGAGAGCGGCACCACCUUCAAGGUCGAUGGCAGCAGCUAUCAGUUCAAGGAUCUCGCCUGUAAGUCAUGGCCUGGCUUCAAGGCCGUCAAAACUGGUGCUGCCUGCAAUGGUGGCGUGGUUAUUCGAGUUGGCUUCGAGAUUACCUCAUCGCGAUUCGCUGAGCAAAUGCAGAUUUGCUUCAACGAGCAGGAGGAAGUGACUCGCUACACGCGUCAUCAGCUCUUUCCGGGCAGCAACUACUAUGAGACGGGCGUGGACCGUAUUACCUUCCAGACCGCCGGCUACUUCAAUGGCAAGAAUGUCGACAAGCUCUACACUCAGGCCACCCAGCUGGAGACCAUCAACAAGGAUCUGGGCGGAGAUGCGGACAAGUAUUUCAAUACAGCUACAAAUAUCUAUCUGGCUCGUGGUCAUCUUGGUGCCAAGGCCGACUUCGACUAUGCCCCCGAGCAACGUGCCACCUUCCUGUUCAUCAAUGCGGCUCCUCAAUGGCAGGUCUUCAACGCCGGCAACUGGCAACGUGUCGAGGAUGGUCUCCGCACCUGGGUCUCCAAGAACAAGAUGAAUGUCAACUGUUACACGGGUGUCUACGGCGUUACCACUCUGCCCAACAAACAGGGUGUCGAGACUCCUCUCUACUUGGCCCGCGAUGGCAACAACAAUGGGCUGAUUCCCGUCCCGAAACUCUACUUCCGAGUGGUCAUUGAGCCCUCGACCAACCGUGGCAUUGUCUUUGUCGGCGUCAACAAUCCCCAUUUGACUGAGGCUCAGAUCAAGAAGGAUUAUGUGAUCUGCAAUGAUGUCAGCGAUAGGGUUACCUACAUCAACUGGAAGAAAACUGACAUCAAGGCUGGCUGGUCUUAUGCCUGUGAGGUCGCCGAUUUCCUCAAGACUGUCAAGCAUUUGCCAGCCCUGACUGCCAAAAAUGGCCUUCUUGUCUAGGGUAUUUCAAUAAACUGAACGAUUAAAUCGAAUAUACAAAUAUGUGAAAAUCAA